GUAAUGAAGAAACGACAAUGGUUUCUUUCAUUCGGUGGCACAAGAAUUUUAGGUCUGUUUGUGUAAUUAACGUUGACAUAGAUUGAUUCUAUUUGACUCUCUCUCUCAAUUCAAUCCAUUAGAUUAGCUUCGAAAAUAGUACAAACAACAAACAAAGGAAACAAAGAACAAGGUUCACACCCCUUUUUCUGUUUAAUGUAACCGAAGAGAAGAAGAACACUAGUCGUAGAUUUUCUGAUAAUUAACGUGUGUGUCACAUAAUUCCUCAGAAGAAAAAGAAGAAGAAGAAGAAGAAGAAGAAGAAGAUGAGCUGGAGCAGGGUGUUGAAAUCAGCGCAAGCUUUCGCUGCCCACACCUUUCUCCUCUGUUUCACUCUUUUGCUCCUUCUCAAGCUUGAUCAUCGCAUCUCUUCCUCUUGGUGGAUAAUUUUUGCACCUCUUUGGAUGUUCCACGGCGUUGUGGCUCGAGGAAGGUUUUCAUUACCUGCGCCAUCAGCUCCACGUAAUAGACAUUGGGCGCCAUGUCACGCAGUUGUUGCAAUGCCAUUACUUAUUGCGUUUGAAUUGCUCCUUUGUAUAUACCUUGAGAGCUUAUAUGUUCGUGGCUUUGCAGCAGUAGAUCUGAAGAUUGUGUUCCUUCCUUUACUAACAUUUGAAAUCAUUAUUCUCAUUGACAAUUUCAGAAUGUGUAAAGCUCUAAUGCCAGGGGAUGAAGAAAGCAUGAGUGACGAAGCAAUAUGGGAAACUCUUCCUCACUUUUGGGUUGCCAUCUCUAUGGUGUUCUUCGUUGCUGCUACAGUUUUCACACUCCUAAAACUGAGUGGUAGUGUAGCUUCUCUCGGUUGGUGGGACUUAUUUAUUAACUUCGCCAUUGCCGAGUGCUUUGCAUUUCUUGUAUGUACGAAGUGGUCCAAUCCUGUCAUUCAUAGAAGUUCCAGAGAACCGAGUUCUUCUACUACUACAAUUAGAUAUCUUGACUGGAACAGUGGUUUACUGGUUUCUUCAGAAGAAGAUCAACGUCAGGCGGGAAUGUGUAGCCUCCAAGACAUAGGGGGUCAUUUCAUGAAAGUACCGGUCAUUGUUUUCCAGGUUCUUCUUUGCAUGCAUUUAGAGGGAACACCUGCUUUUGCUGCACAUUUACCGCUUGCAGUUCUUUUCUCUCCCCUUUUCGUACUGCAAGGUGUUGGUGUGCUAUUAUCUGCAUCUAAGUUUGCGGAGAAACUUGUGCUUCUUCUACGAAGCGGAGCUGGUAGAGGACUUUAUUUUAGAUUCUCUUCCAGAGCUCAUGAUUGCUUGGGAUUCUUGCACCACGGUUCUAGAUUACUAGGCUGGUGGUCAAUUGAUGAAGGUAGUCGGGAAGAACAGGCACGAUUGUACCAUGAGGGAGCAUCUGGGUAUAAUACAUUCAGUGGUUACCCUCCUGAGAUUGUUAAGAAAAUGCCUAAAAGGGAUCUUGCUGAGGAGGUAUGGAGACUCCAGGCAGCUCUUGGCGAGCAGACAGAAAUUACAAAAUACAGCCAACAGGAAUAUGAAAGACUUAAAAAUGAGAAAGUGCUGUGCCGAAUUUGUUUCGAGGGAGAGAUUAGCGUUGUAUUACUCCCAUGUAGACAUCGUGUCCUUUGCAACUUCUGCUCGGAGAAGUGUAAAGCGUGCCCAAUUUGCCGCAACUACAUUGCAGAGCGCUUGCCUGUAUAUGAUGUCUAAGCGUUAACUUGACCAACUUUUUUUAUAUACAACAAGACCAUAGAAGACAGUGUGACCAAAGGAAACUGAGAAAAUGUUACAUAUAACAAGGUGAAAUGGUGAAUACUUGCUACAGUUUUUGUUGUCACGUUAAUUAUUCGCCAACUUAUACAUUGUCUAAUACACAACAAAGGGGUAGGAAGAAUAGAGAAACCAGUUGGUUACUUUGGAUUUUGAAUUUGAUUUUGCUUUGCUUUAACUAAUUUGUAUAUAUAAUAGAUAUUUAGAGUGUUUAUAAAUGAUUGCAAUCAAUGUAAUGAAUAGUGAUCUGCCCAACCUUUUUUUUCCGGGUCAAUCAUGUGUAAAAGCUUGGCUUCAAUUCUUAA